UUUUAGCAGAAUGUGACCACAAGAUGUCACAGUUGCUUUGCUGAGAUGCGCGGUCCUGCCCAUGUCCUACUCCCCAGCCUUUCCCCGCGGUUCUUCCUGUAUCUUUAUAAGCACACACACUUUUAAUUGUUUGGGGUUUUGGUUUGGUGGUGUUUUUUUUGGUUUUUUUUUUUUUUUUUGGCAAAGCAAGCUUUGUUCGUUGUGUCCUAGGGAAAUGUAGGCAUUCAUGGUUCUAGCUCAUUUAGACAUUAUCAGUUCAGGGUAUAAAAUAGAAGAUAUCCCAGAUUUAGGAUAGUCCAGCCUGCAGAGAUCAAUUUUGAGUUGAGCCAGAGGAAAAUCUAGGUUUGACUUUGCAUACAAGCACUUCUUGGUGCUGCGUGGAAUUACUGGUCAAGCACAGCUCCCCCACAGACUUCAGCUCCCCUUUGCCAGAAGAUGCAGCAGGCGCAGAAAACACUAAUCACUGUGUUGUGGACUUGAGGUUUUUUGGUUCUUUAUUGCUAACAUUUUUUUUUGCUGCCCAGAAAGCUACCUGCUUAGCCUGGAUGGGGUCCCGGGGGCUGAUGAAAUCAGUUAGCUCAGAAAUACAGUGAGGAAGAAGUUUAAUGUCAGAAUAGCAACUAAGAAGAACCUGAUGAUUUUUGCAGAAUACAAGUAUGGGCCUUUUGGGGUGGUCCAAAUUGAAUUCAAGACCUAAUUCAUGGCCUGUGCAAGCAAUUGCUAUGGAUGCUCCAAACAAAUGGCACUUUCUUUCACGCCCGCCUGGCUGGUGCCUCUUCCCAGCUGGAGUCAGUCAGAGUUUCUCAUUCGGUGUCUGCGCUCCAGGGCACCAGGAGGAAACCUUUGCUCUACCAGCCAUGUGAGAAACAGAAGAAAUCUAGCAAUAAAGCAGAGUAGUUGUUGAGUGGAGCAGCAAGGGCGGAAAGGACCUUGUCCGGUACCUACAGGAAGGGCUGAGGAAGCAGGCAGAGGUUUGCUCUGCCCGCUUGUGCUCAUGAUUGCUCGUCCUCCAACGAUUGCCGCUGCCGUGGGGUCUGGCCACGUCCCCUGGGGAAGGGUGCUGCUCUCCCACCGCUCGCCGGAGAGCAGAGCCCUGCGUGCUCGGUCCCCGGGGGCGGCGGGGACAGGGCUGACCUCCAGCCCUUUGCUCUGUCCCGCCCAGGGGAGCAUGAGAACAUCCCGGGGGCCCGGCGGUUCCCACCCGGCGGGAGGGCUCGGCUCGGCACGGGACAGCGGGUCCCUGUAAAGAGCAGACUCAGCGGCGGCUGGGUGAGCUGUGUUGCCUUUGCCCACAAGCAGUGGCUUAGUGUGAAAGCAUCUGGCAAAGAGGCGGGUUUGGUGGGAGCCAGGGAAGGCUCCCGUAACCCAUGAGCUCAGUGCAAGGGGGUGGGCAGCGGUGGUACACAUUUCUUGUGUGCCAGCUAAUCGGAGGAGGGGAAAUCCUCUUCUUUGGAAACGUAACUGAGGAGCAAACACCACAGGCUGGUCCUCAUCUCCCGGCGAGUGGGUUGGGUGGCUGGAGCUCUGUGCUCUGCACAUCCCAGGGGUCAGGCGAGUCGGUCCCAUGGGGACCACACAUCCUGGCUUGCACAUCUGGGAGCUUCUCAGCGCUUUGGGAAUCCUGCCUGUGGCAGGGCUUGCUUUGCAGUGGAUUUGCUGGCUAUAGGGAAUUGGGAAAAGUUCAAGUCUGAAGCUUCAUCUUCUUCUGCUAGGACUAUGAGUUGGGCCUUUAAGCAGUUUGUGUACCCUGCACACAAGCUCACGGUUUCAGGAAGGAGCAGCAGCCUGCCAGAAAAGAUGAACAAUUGUCAGCACAUGGUUUGCUGGAUCCUACCAUACCCUUUGUGCCAUGACUGGUGUCUGAAAGUGGAAAAGCUCCCCUUCUCUCUGAAAGGAAUCCCAACCUUGCUGCUUGCUGGUGAGCAGUGAGAGAAGUCAGCUGGGAUGAGACAGCUGAUUUCCCCAUGAGGGGUGAUGACACCCCGUGUGCCAUGUGAUGCUUGUUCCAUCUUCGUCAGUCCAUAUGUCAUUGACUCAUUUUUUUCAGCUACGUGUCAUGAAAAUAAGCCUUCUCUGCAACAACAGUAAUAUCAGAAGAAGUGUAAAGCCCAAGCAGUGCUGUGCAUCCUGGCUCUGUCCUGUAGCGGGGUUAUUCCCCAGGCUUCAUGCAUGAGGUUUGCCCAUUCACUUAAGGAAUUGCCAGCGUUGCUGAUCUGAAUUGCCUUAAAACGUGGUGGGGUUUGGGGUUGGUUUUUUUUUGAGUCCUGGCUCUCUGGUGCCAGCUGCCUUGGUUUCCUGUCCUGCAUCUCCCAGCAGCUGCAUCCAGGAUCCUCUCAGAGCAAUAAGGCACUGGAGCAUGGAGAGUUUUCGAGCAAGACUGGGGCACCUCUCUGCUGCUGGAAAUGCCUUGAACUUCCCUGUCUUGCAUGCUUCCAGGGAAGAUCUCAGUCCCUGCUACUCAGGUUAGCAGAGAAGUAGAGAAGAGUGAGACCAGAGGCACUCAGACAAGGACAGUAUAAAGACCCAUGAGUGAUCAUCUUGAGAAAGCCCCCUGAUUAGUGCAUUUCUGUACUUCCUCUGCUAACACUCAGGUACUUGUUCUUUUUACAGGAUGAGAGCCCAUGCCUACUGUGAAGACUUUCUAUUCCCAAAGGUUUGCAGGACCAUGGUAGACCUAUGGUCGGUUUACUCCAAGCCUGUCCCAGCAAACGGCAGAGAGCUGUGGACCUUGUUUCUGCAGUGUUCAUGCAUUACAGCGGUGAUAGGAGGCCUCUUUUACAACUGGAUGUUUGCUUCCCUGGAAUACUCCUGGCAUGUCUCCAUUGCAAUGGCCAUGUCCUUCAGUCCGCUCCUUCUCCUGACCCUUUUCUUGGUGCAUCCUGCCCGUUGUGUCUUCAGUAUGAUCAUGCCUACGUUAGGUACCAAACAAGGCCGGAAGCUUCUCUUGUCAACCUGCAUCAUGAUAGUAGUGAUUAACAUAACACCCAACAUCAUAAGCAACAUUAAAACCAUACUGCAGGUUUUUAAGUGCAUCUGCAAGAAUUCCUCUGAGAGUCUUUUGAACUCAACUGCUCUGCUAGAGACAGCUUCCUGGGAGUUUGGGGGUGCAAUCCAAGAAACCAUUCAUUCCAUUAAUAUUUAUAGGCCUAUGAAUGGACAUUUUCAGUUUUCAUUGCUUAAGAACAGCUCAUUUAUUUACCAACAAAUGCACCUUGCUGGUGAGAAAAUUGGGAGGGACUUUUUGGCUGUUGAGGUACUGGUCAAAGACACUGUACGAGUAGGCAACAAGCUGGUUGCUGGCUUCUCUGUGCUCUAUCUUUGUUUUGAGUCCACCUGGUACUUGAAAAAUUAUCUCACCAACCUCCGCUUUGACAAUUUUUACAUCACCAAGAAGUUGGAACGUUUAGCUGUGGACAGAAAAGCAGCUCAUCUGCUGGUGGGCUCAUCCAAAACCCUCAUUCGACCAACAGGCUUGAAGUUGUCCCGGGAAGAAGUGAUGCUGUGCCUCGUGCAAGCCAUGCUCCUCACCGUGGCCCUGAUGCUGAUGCUGGUGGUCGUGGCAAUGGACCACUUUGCAUUCAGCGUGGCAGACACUGCGGUGAGAAAGGCAGCUCAGUUCUCCACAGUGCCCGUCACUCUCAGCAUUAAAUACCAUGCUAAAAUGGGGGUCCUGCCCUUUUUUUUGAAACUUUUACAGCUUCCUAAUGAAGAAUUACCACUUCGGGACUUUGAAAGAAGUUACCAGCAUUAUCUGACCUUCAGCUCUGCCCACUGCAGGAUCAGUCCCCCAAAGUCUCCCAACCCCUCUGUGCUGCUUGUCGUGGGGCUGCUCUUCUGCAUCCUCUACGCCACCAUAUUCCUGGAAACCUAUGCACACCGCCUGUGCAGAAAAAUCGCAGGCUCCUUCUUCGAAAGCUGGGAGGAGAAGCGAGCACUUUAUCUCUACAAGAAGCUGUCCAGAAAGCACAAGGAGGAGCAAAACUGCAUGAGAAACUAAGGAUACUUUUGGAAAUACAAGGAAUGCCUGAGACCUGUGGCAGUGGCUGGGCACAGGCGUCUGCAAUGGGAUCACACAUUUAAUCUUCCGGAGUCAGAGACAUGUUUGGACUCUCAGGAAAAAUAUUUGCCAAAAAAAGAAAAAAAGGUGAAAUGUCACAUUUUGCAUAAUUUGAGAAAAAUGGGCUAAAUUUACUUUUUUUUUAAAUCUAGAAGGCCUGGAGUCAGCUGUUCAGGAAUGGUGGGAGAUGAUAGCUCAUAUGACUUAGAGGAUAUCUGCAGCAUUAGGCAAGGCUAACUGGGAAAUACGUGGGAGUUGGGGUGGGGGAAGAGCUUAUUUACCUCCCCCAUCACAUCCAUGCUGGAAGAAGUACAUGCUUCCUUUCUUUCUCAAGUUAUGCCUUCAGGCAGCAAAAGAGGAAGCUCAUUUGACUCAUUAAUUUAAUUUUGAGGGAGUUUUUCUUUCAGGUUUCAUGCACAGAAACCUGGGUAGACUGGAUAAAUAUUAGCCUUUAGAAGAUAGUUUAUUCACCUAAGAAAGUGUCAUUUCAGCCCACUGAAAUAAAUUCAGGACCAAUAUGACCAUGAGACGCACGUCCUAGUCAUACGUACUGGUGGAAAUCAGCACAUGAGGACUUUAUGAAAUCAUUUCACAAUGGCUUUUCAAAAUAAAAUAUAAAUGAAAUAGCUGAAGGACCAUAGAAGAGGAGGAGACCAGCCAAUAAAGGCCAAUUUGGGUGUCAGUCUUUUUUCCCAAGUAACAAGUGAUAGGAUGAGAGGGAACAGCCUCAAGUUGCACCAGGGGACGUUUAGGUUGGAUAUUAGGAAAAUGUCUU